CAUAUUGGGUACUCGCCUUCUCUAAUGUCUUGUCUGUUUUUCUUCAGAAUUACUACGAGACGGAAUCGGAGCCGCGCGCUGUUUUGAUGAGCGCUCGCGAUUGUUGCUGUUUUCGUUCCGCAUCACAUUUACGCGUUUGUUAUGAGUGCGCCUGGUUCACUUUGCGAUUUCUUAGACUUGCUUGGGAGCGAUUGCGUUUAGUUAGUGCGUUCGGUUCGAUUGCACCUACGAUUCUUGGACAAAGUUUCAUGUGAAAAAUGUCAAAAGUGCGCGUCUCUAAUGGAAGUCCGACGCUGGAACGGGUCGAUGCGAGGCAGGCGGACCUCAAGCCUCACGUGUGCAGAAAUCUGUUCGGAUCUGUGAAUCGCGAAGAGCUCGAGAAGGAUGUUAAGGAGCAACUGCAGGAGCUCGAGAAAGCAUCCUCGGACAAAUGGAAUUUCGACUUUGGCAAAAACGAGCCGCUCUCGCCGGGCAAGUACGAGUGGCAGGAGGUGGACAGCAAAGACGUGCCGGAAUUUUACACCAGAGCACCUCAUGUCAAACGGGCUACCGGGACUGUGGAUCAUAACGGGAAUCACGAUUAUUUGUUGACAACUCCCUCUCUUGAGAGCGGAGGGGGGGACUCUGGAAACACAGAGACUGGAAGUCAGUCGGAUUGCCGAACAGCCCUGACCACACCGAGGAAAAGACCGUCGACGGAGGAUGAGGAUCUUCCUUGCCAAAGUAAAAGACCAAACGUCCAUCCGACCGAAGCGAACCACUGUCCAGAAACUACACAUUCGGUCGAGCAGGCGCCUUGCAAAUCAGACCCCAAAACGUAAACAAGGACUUUUACGCAAAGAGAUGAAGAAGCCUAUUUUCUCCAUCGAAUACUUCAAGAGCUUUAUGAAGUAAACAGGGACAGAGGUUGGAAAAAAAAAAAAAAAAAAAAAAGAAAAGCCUAGGAGAGGCUGUAUAAGCACUGAAAUUUACACUAAAGUUUUGGCACUCGACAGAAUAUAUUUGCCUCAAAAGCAGACAAUGUAGCAGUGUGCAAUUGGAGUUGCUUCAUUUGUUGUUUUACUACCUAUGUAUAUAUUUUCAUUUUAUAUGUAGCACAUUUAAAAGUAAUAUUAAGAUUUAAAAAACACAAUCAUUUAUAAUGGAGUGUGUUUGACUUGAAGAAUUGCUGUGCAGUUUUAAAAUGUCUCACCCCAGAAUGAUCCCUCUUACACACACACACACACACACACACACACACACACACAAUUUCCUUUAAUUAAGUUUCACGGUCCCAUUAUCUCAGUUUUGGCUGGCUCAGGAUGUUAACAGUCAAAAAUACACCUUAUUGUGUAUUAGUCAAGUGCUGAACAGCAGCACAAUCUUGGCCAUUUGUAAGUUGCACAAAUAUGUCACAGUCUGAAAAGCAUUAGAGACUUUUUUUUGUCACCUCGUGUGAUCUGGCUAAAUAAUAAAAUUGAGUUUUGAUAUUUGCAUUAAAACCAUUGGAGAUAUUUAUUGGAACCUAAUAUGAAUUUAUCAAAGUUACAGCACAUUUGUGGUGGUGUGUUCCUCUCUGAAGGGGUUGUGACUCCAAGUGUGGUAUUAAGGUUUUCAUGGUUCUUAACAGUAUUAUUAUUCCCUGGGUUAUUCCACUAUUUUUAUUUUAUUUAUUUUUUUCCCAUUUUGUUCUUUUGGAAUAAUCUUAUAAAUUCUCAUGAACUACAAAUCUUACUGAGUACACAGACAUAAAAAAUUGCAAAUGUAAUGACCAAUUAAUUCCCUUUUUUGUCAGUUUUUAUAUUUCUAUUAAUUGCUGUGUAGCAUAAUGUUUAUUUUAAUAAAUAUAUUUUUUUCUUUUGUUUUUUUUUUCUCCUUUAACUGGGCCAUAUAAUUAAGAACAACAUAAGUCCAUGAAGCCAGUUCUUUGCCACAGUAUAUUUGGCUUUCAUGUUGAACAUGACAUGGCACUAUGACAAAAAUAUGUAUAAACCAACGACAGAAAAAAUUAAAUGAAAUAAGACGUUACACUGCAUGUGUGUAAAACUUUGAAGUGUAUCUGUGCAUACAGCUUUGUUAAGAAGAAAAAAAAAAAAAAAACACUGAGAAAAUUAUACUAACUUAUUUAUGUCAAGCUUUUUGUUGUUUAUGACUAUCCAAAGUGGCAUUCUGCAGUUUCUGUAUGUACUUCUUUUAAUAAGUUUUUUUUUUUUUUUUUCACAUUUUGAAAUUUGUGCAAGGUUGCAAACUGAGCCUAUUAAAAUUUUGAUGUGGAUUGUGUACUGCUUUUUAAAUGAGAUGAUUAAAACAUAAUGAGAUGGA